UCUCGUGCAACAGUCCUUCCAAAUGACCCUUCAACGCCUAAAUAUCUUGGCACGGAGAGCAGAAAUCUCCAACGACAUUUUAUGGACCCCAUUUCAACUUUGCAACAGACUGCACUUUCACAUAUAAUGGAGCCUCAUUCAACUCUUAUGCCUGUCGCUAUCAUGCAGACCGGUGAAAGGCCACAGCAGGCUCAUACCAGACACUCUUCUUGGACAUCUAUCCAUAGGCCGGUGUCACAACCCCCCAUUGGUUCCUCAGCCUCCAUGCCUUCCACACCACAGCAGACGUGGGCACCGACGGGAUCCAUACAUGUGCAACAUCCUCAAGCCGCUUCGGCCCCAUCAGCUUUUGACCCUCAUCUUCUCGGCUUUGGUGCAGAUCAGACGGUCAUAGCGUCUCAAGUCACAUCAGGCCGCUCUGCGGAUUACCAGCCCGUGCAGUCACAGCCGCCACAUCUUUUCGGAAGCGAACUUCCGCCUGUGCAUGCUACGGCUGAUCCAUCUUUUUCCCAUUCAUGGCCAUCUGAACAAGGUCAAGUUCAUCCUUCUGAGUCGCCUCAGGAUCCAUCCAAUCAACAAGCAUAUCAUCUAUGGUCUCUCCUCAAAAGCGAUUACCGAGGUCCUGGGGGGAUGGUGCAGCCAUCAAAUGUAGCUGCUGUGCAAAGCGAACAACCUGCAGAAAAUGUGAUUAGAAGGUUCAACCCCCGGGCGUCCCUGUCUGCUGUUGGCCCGAUGCAUCCUCAAUCUGCACCGAGCAGACCGCCCAGAAAUCGAAAACGCGAACCAAGAGCGCAUAGUGCCUUCAGAAAAUCUGUAAUCUCUUCACUGCCCCCGGUAACGCCCGCACGUCCCCUGCCACCUCGAGGUUCACAAGUUCCAGCGAGAUCUUCGCGAUCAGGACGCAAUAUUCCUGCCUCUCAGCCGUACGCGCAGUUUCCUCACUUCUCUCCGUCUUUGCAACCUUCACAACCGACAUAUGGUUUUUUUUGCCAAUCUCUGCCACUUGAAAAACAAACAGGCCCAGCAGUCGCGCAACAACCAGCAGAUCGGCAGUCGGCCAGCUGUCGCGGGGGGAAAGAAGAACUUCGAAGUUCGGGGACAGAGUACAAUGGGGAGCCCACAAAAAAGCCGUCGCAGAGAGACGGGAUCGAACGUACCACUUGCAUUGACAGCUCUUGGCCGAAUGAUCGAAAAUCGUCUGAGCAUGAGGGAAGAAUACAAGAGCUCUGGCAAACUGCAAAUCCUGUUAUACCUUCCUCAACCCUCCCGCUUGGCCAGGAAGGGCUGCCGACUGUGACAGGCUAUAACGAAACAAACCACCUUACUGAAAAGCAGACCGUUUCGGCUGAAAAGAUGGAGGAGAUUUAUCAGUCUUUUGAAGCUGGGCAGAGAAGACAUACUCAGCAAGAUCCAAUGCAAGGGCAUAUAUCUUCCGACACCCCGUCACAAAUGAGUUCAUCGUCCCAGACUCCAGCCGCCGCAGUCGCAGGCUGCGAAAGUGUUAUGCCUGACGACUCGAGCUCUCAUCCUAUCUCUUCAAUGCCGGUAGCCUCGACGGUACAGUCAUUUUUGCCUGACCCACCUGUGGGCGAUCCUCAACCAUCUCGACCUGUUGUACCUCCAAGCACUGUCGGAGAUGUGCAACCAGUCUUUGAUCAACAGAUCCGGAUGAAUCCUUCUGAUCAAAAGAUAACAACGUCAUCAGGGCCAGAUUUGAGCGAUGGUGUCGGAUCUGGAGAUUAUACAGUCCCAUACACGGGCGCAUCUCAAUUGGAAGCGUAUCCCGCCCCUGAUCCAGCAACGUGGGUCAACCAGUUUUUGGGACACACAAAUACGGCCCCUGUCUCUUUAUCGUCUUACCAUGGUCAGCAGACGAGUUUGGGCUACGAUAGCCAGCAAUUAUACGUACAACAGCCUCAUAUUGGUACAUCCGCAGAACCAGGCUUGGCAAUGCAACCUCCGGCCAUGUAUGGUGGGAUGAUUGCUGAGGAUAAUAUGUCGGCGAAUAAGGGCGGUGAGGGGAAAUGGGGAUCUAUAGACGAGAAAGGGACUAGCCAGUCAACAGAAUAUCCUUCCCAAAUUAACCCCAUAAUUAGUGAUAACCCGUUUACAGUCAAUCCCAUCGACCUGCGAUUGGGAUCAGGCGGACAAGGGUGUCACCUCGAGUCCCAAGAUGUCGUCGCCAAGGGAUGGAACUUCUCUCAACCCAUGAACUUUUCAAUGUACCCGCCCUCUUGAUAAAGGUAAAACUGUGGCAUCGUUGUCCUUUGACAGUAAAGACAUAGAAUUGAAAGAGGAGGUAAUUGUCGAGACAUAGAAUUGAUUUAAAAGCGGAGUUAUUUACUUCUGAAUAUAGAGAAUGGCGUUCCGCUGGCAUUCAUCUGUGGCCGGAGUUU